GCGGCCAAUGGGCGCCGCGGCGCUUGCGCAGUAUGGGGCUGGCGCUGGGGCGCGGGACCUACGGAAAAGCGUCUGGCCGCGGAAAGGAAGCGGCGCCUCCGCAGGCGCGCAGGUGGAAGCAAUGGACGAUGACUUUGAGGGUUCCUCCACACCCCUGUUUCUCACUGAAAGCUUGGAGAUGGCAAUAGAAGUGGAGAAUGAGAAUUCAAAGCCGCCUUGUUUUUCCUGUGCUUUUGACAACCAAAAUGGAGGGAGAAGCUUCUCUGCAGAGUCAUAUUUAGCAAGUGGGUCUCUUAAGAGGGUUUUGCUGAGACUAGAUCCUUCUCCAAAUGACUAUGAAGAUGAUGUAGUGGAAAUGUUCGGCUUUCAGUGGGUUACUGAAACAGCAUUAGUUGAAUCCUGUGGACUUCUCUUUGGAUUAUUUAGGCAACAGAUAUACAGACUGGAAAACCUAGUACAAAUGAGUUCAUCCGAUUUUGGUCAAGCUGCAAACUUGCACUCUGAAGCAGAGAGCAUCAGGCAUCAAUGUAUUGAGUUUUUGCAUUAUGUGAAGGUUUUCAUCUUCAGGUAUCUGGAACCCCCUAAAGCGGAAAAUGAUGGAACGCUUCAUCCAUACGAAGAAGCAUCCAUAGAAACGCAGUUACCAUCAAUGUUGGUGGAAGAGCUUCAUGAUUUGACUAUGCACAUUGGUCACCUUUGUGAACUCCCUAGUAGUGUCCUGGUAGCAUUUACUAUUCAACAUCAGGCAAAGGUCUUUCCCCCAUCGUGGCAUUUACUGCAUCUCCACUUGGAUAUUAAUUGGCUAGUACUGGAACUUCUUCAUGUACUAGGUGAAAAAAUGAUGAGACAAGUUGUAUAUGCUAACCAUUUCACAAAUCCAACUGGAGAGAAUUUAACCAGUAUCAGUUUGUUUAAAACACACUGUGGAAGUCUCAUAUCUGAUUUAAUAAGCUUGUCCAUCAACAAGUAUACAAAGGUGAGGCCUUCUGAGGCUCUUUCUAGCCACCAUUAUUCCUGUGUCUGCGUUAAAGAAUUAUGGAUUCUACUUAUUCAGCUGCUGGGCCACAGAAAUAAAGGGUCUCACACAGAGUGUUUCUGGAGCUUGGUGAACAAAACUCUAAAGAAUAUCUUUGAACGGCCAAGUAGUUCUGAAAGGAUGUCUGGUUUUGAAACAAUUCAGUGUAAAGACCCAUUGAGUUUUAGCUGGUGGAUUAUCAUUAAUCUGGCAUCACUCUACCAGUUUGACCGUAAUGGAAAUCUAGAUGAAAAGAAACAGAAGGAAAGCAAUUGGGAAUUUGUGGAAGAACUUCUUAAAAAAUCCACUGAUGCUCAAACUGGUGUGUUAGAGGAGCACUUACGAAUGCAUCUUCAGUGCUGUUUGACUUUGUGUAGUUUUUGGGAUUUGAACCUAUCUGUUGUCACCAUACUCUGGGAUUAUUACAGCAAGAACCUGAACAAUUGCUUUACCAUUCCUUGGCUUGGUCUGAAGGGUCUGGCAAACAUUAGUAAAACUUCUUUGUCGAUGCUUGAGUUGGUGAAAAGUUGCUGUUGUGAACAGGAGAUCCCCGCCCUGUACAACUCCAGCAACAGUUACUUCAUUUUUCUCAGCAUUUUGGCACAGAUGAUGAAAGAAGAGGCAGAGAACAGUGGCGUGCAUCCUUGGAAACAAAUUAAAGGACGGAUUUAUUCCAAGUUCCAUCGGAGAAGAAUGCAGGAGCUGACGGAAGUGGGGCUGCAGAACUUUUUUAAUCUGUUCCUCAUGCUAGCAAUUGUUGCGGAGACAGAAGAUAUAGUGAGUCGAGUGUUGGAUCUUUUGGAUUUCCUGACUCCAUCUGCCAUUACCGUGUCUCAGAGAGCUCUCAUCUGGAGAGGUCAUUUUGCUUUCCUUUUGAUUUAUGUUGAGAAGAACAUGGACAUUAGUGUCCUAGCUGAGAAACUCUCAAAUGCUUUCCGUGAGAAGGCAAAAGAGUUUUUAGUAACCAAAAAUGACUACACACAGAAACAAAAUCUCUGGACUCUACUUUCAACCUACGUCGAUGGUGUCCAAGAAGUGUUUGAGACCAGCUGCUACUUGAGCCUUUCUGAGGAAAAGUUGUUAAAUGAUGGCUUUACUAUGCUGCUGCCUGCUUGCCGAGGAGCUGAACUGAGUAUGGUCCUAAAUUUUCUUCAGGUUGUUCUAGCCAGACUUCGGAGCGUGCACAAACGUGUAAGCCAGGGACUUCAACUGGGGAACGGGGCCCCCGACGCACAGCUUCCAUUAGCGGCUAAAGAGCACCACCUUGCUGUCGCCAGCGCUCUCUGGAGAAACUUCUUCCCCUAUUUGAAGAGCCAGAGAAUGUCACAGAUGCCACCUUCCCCACAGCUUGCUGACACAGCUGCAGGUUUUACUCUCUUAGCUUUGGAUAUACCCAGCAAAGCCCUAUCAGAUCUCCAGCCACAGCCCGUUCUAUCCAUGAUGCAGCUCUUUGGAUGGGAUGACAUGGUGUGGCCUCAGCUGGUGUCAAGAUAUCUAAGUCAUCUAAUUCAAAACAGCGCACUGUGUGAAGCUUUUUCCAGUAUGGGAUAUACGUCCUACGAAGCUCUGACAGUACGUUCUUGGUUUCGAUGCAUUUUGCAAAUGUUCAUAGAUCAACCGACUGGUAUGCUGGCCAAGACAGAUGCUGAGCGAACAGUUGAGAAAGCCUAUAUGGAGCAGCUGACUGAAAUGACAAGACUGGUUAUUAAGCUCUCAGAAGUGGAAAACAUUCUUUCAAAGGCUCCUGAUGAAGAGUCCGUUUUCAAGCAAGACCCUAAAAAUGCUCUUGUCCAAUUCAUUAAGGCUGUUGGUAGAACUUACAGUGGCCUUCAGACGCUCCCUGAGAAAUCUGCCAUGGUAGCCAAGGCUCUGGAGUAUUUAGGUGAUGUAUUAAAGUAUGUAAAACCUUAUCUGAAGGUAAAAGGACCUCCAGAAGGUCUGCAGCUUACAUAUUGGAUCAUAGGAUGUCUGGUAAAGUUCUGGGCACCGAUACUGGCUACUUCCAAAGCGCAGCAACUCUUGUUCCGCAUCGUGGAUUGCUUACUGCUGCCGCACUCUGUGCUCCAGCAGGACAAAGAGCUGCCUGUGGCUUUGCUGUCUGCCAUUCGGGAAAGCCUACCUCUUUAUCUUCAGGGCCUGUCCUUUAUAUGUUGUCAGUCCCAAACACAGGGUGCUUAUUUAAAUCAACUGCUUGGGAGCAUUAUUCAACAGUAUUUUGGACGAUUUCUCCCUUCUUCUCCGACUGCGCUUGGAGCGGGACAGCAUCCUAUGCUGACUGCUUUAUGCACUUCCAUUACAGCCUCCCAGAUGCUACGGCUACGGAAGACCACUCUGCAUGUCAUAAAUGAAAACUACAUGCAGUUCAAAGGUAACGCUCCACCUCCUCGCUUGGCCUCCGUUCUCGCUUUCGUUCUUGACGUACUUCAGAGAACCCAGAGCACUGAACUAUGUGACAUUGACUUGGUUCUCCCGGCCGUGUUGAAAUGCAUGGUGUUGGUUAACGAGCUACAAGUUAAAAAAAUAUCUACAGACAUUCUACAGUACGUGGUAGAAGGCUGCCAAGUAGGGUCAGGAGGAGAACGUGCCACCCAGCUGACUUCUGUAUUUAGGCAGUUUAUCCAGGACUAUACUGCAGUGUACGAUCACCGGGUUUUCAGCAUCCUAGAAACAGUGGCGGUCUUGGAUCCGACGUUAGUUACCAGCCUGAUUCCCACAAUCACACAGUCUCUGAAGGAUUCGGAGCACAAACAAGGCCUUGGAAGAAAUGCCGCACAGAGAGAAGCCUAUAAAAGACUCUUAUCUUACCUCACAGAGGCUGGACAAAACGAGAUACAAAAACUGGAAAAUGAGACAGGUUAGCAGUGAUUAAUCCGUUCCUCUGGAAUGUUCUGACGCUGUCGAUAACCUAAACCUACACGCUACGACACACCAGCCAAGUUCGUCAUAAUGGCAAUACAUUUCUCAAUUUUGUAGCAUUUUUUAAAUAAUUUCUGCGGUAUUUGAAUAUUGUCAUGCAUCAGAAGAGUAACUCUCAAUACGCUGUUGAACGGCGACUGAAAGAUACAGCAAAUUUAUGCCAUUAAAAUGUCUAUAGGAGCAGAGCCUGUAUUGCAACAUACGAGGUAGGAUUUCAAAGAAUCGAAGUAAUUUCACAACUCCAUUCACAUUGAGCAAGACCUGACCCUCUCAAUGCUGUACUUUUGAAAAUCUUAUUCAGUAUGUUCUUAAGAAAAUCGUAACUUUGUAAUUUUUAAUUUAUUAUUUUAGUAGAAUGAGGAAAAAAACUCGUACUGAACUUGUUGAAUGCAGUGCAUUCACCAGGAGUUGCACCCGUGUGAUAGAGCUCUCCUUUGUUAAGCUGUCAUUUGUUAAGCUUGUGUAAUGUUGCACAAAAUGUAUAUAGCUGUCUUAACCUUCCACCUCUAUUAAAACAUUGAAGUCUUUCAGAUUCCAGUGUAAAAUCUCUUCUGUUGUCUUUGUGGGUAAGAUAAGAAAAGGUAGGUUCACAUUUCCUGUUCUUUUCAGUACUACGUUCUUAAAAUUAACCCAUAAUUUCCAGUGAUCCCACGCUUUUUUUGUUAGUCAUGACACUGUUAAUUAUCCGUUUAGUUUAGACUAGGUGUAAAUGGUGUGAGAAAAAAGAAGAGAGGACAAGACUUCCAAAGAAAAUACUCAUUUGGGGAAUUUAUUCCAUUUGAUCAUAGGUUAAGUAGUUAUUCCUGUUUGCCUGGACCGUUGGAUCUUUCAAAUAUUUUACUGUGCUAUGGAUUAUCUUUUGGGUCUUUCCAGGACAGGUCUAGCUCUGUAACUUUUUCUACCUUUUUUUUUUUUUUUUUUUCCUAAAGUUCUCAGGAAACUUGCGUUAAUGGCUGUGGUAUUCACAUUUUUCACUUCCCUCAAUAACCUGUAUUUCUGCAACUGCUUACUGGACUUUGGGAGUGGACUUUGUUGCUUUAACGGCAACACUGGUGAACAGGCUCCUUCCUUACUUUCGAAGUUAUUCAAAUUUUAACUUUAUCACAUUAAUGGGAAGGAGAGAUUAUUUUUCUGUCUAAUAGCUCCACAAAAAAUCCCUAAAAUCUUGUUCAGAGCAGCUUCUCUUUCGUUACAGUAAUCUUAUCAAGUCGAACUAGAUAAUC